UCCCCAACUCCCGCCCACCUACACCGUCCUCAUCGGACCACCUCCUCCGCUCCCGCACCUCGACGCCGCGUCCCAGAUCUUCUACCUGCUGCCUCCAUGAGGCCCGCCGGAGUCCAAGCAGUACGACGUCCUCGCCGCGGCCCUUGCCGAGGCCGGCCGGUUCGACGAUCUCCGCGCCCUGAUCAGGGAAUUCCGCUGUGACGGGAUCCUCCCCGGCCGCCCGAUGCUCGCGGCGGUCAAGGCGAUGAGGGAGGCGGGGUUCGUUGAAGGGACUGACGAAUUCGUGAAGGAAUUGUUGCCCGACAGCCGGAUCAGAUACACGGUCACCCUUGGGGAAGAAGAAGAACAAAAUGAAGAAGAAGAAGAAGAUGAUGAAGGUGAUGGUGACGAAGAAAAGAUACGAUUGAAGCCGUGGCUCGACCCUACUGCGCUGGCAAGGGCUUUGGAGGAUUGGGACCCUCGCGAGGUCGCCGAAUUGGAAGCCGCGAACCUGGUGUGGACCCCGCGCCUGGUGUGCAAGCUCCUCCGUGCCUUCAGGAAGGCGGAGUCCGCGUGGGAGUUCUUCUGCUGGGUCGCGUACCAGCCGGGAGGGUUCGCGCACGACCGGUACACGGUCGCGAGGAUGAUCGCCAUCCUUGCACGGGCUGGCCAUGCCGAGCUCGUCGACCGACUCCUCUCCAAGGUGAAAUCGGAACAAAUUCUCCUCCCUUUUGCAACGCUAAGAUUGAUUGUCGACUUUUAUGGGCUGUCUAAAAAAGCCGACGCUGCCAUUAGGAUCUUCCAAGAAGCCGAUUCUAUCUGCGGCCCGAUUUCGAAGCCUAAUCGCUUGUUGCUCUGCUCCUCGCUGCUUCGAACAUUGGCCAAGUGUAAGAGGGGACACGAUGCGAUGGAGCUGUUGGAAGAGAUGAUGCUACAAAAUGUUCUUCCAGAUAUACAAACCUUUUCAGGUCUGAUGCAGUAUUUUGCAGGUGUCGGGGAUUUGAAGAGUGUUCAUAAGCUGUUCGGUAUGGUGAGGCAGUGUGGGUUGGAGCCCGACACGUAUAUGUAUAUGGUACUGAUCCGUGCGUAUUGUAAGCAAGAGAGGGCGGUUCUCGCUUUGAGGUUGUUCGACGAAAUGCGGAGGUCGGAUCUGUUGCCGGAUGGACCAACAAAGGCUUUGCUUGUGAAGAGCUUGUGGAAGGAAGGGAAGCUAAGAGAGGCGGCUUCAGUGGAGGAGAGAUGUGAGGAUGUGGAGACGGGGCUUCCCAGGGCUUCGCCGGGGCAUGUGUGGACCGUGAGCGCCACGGAUUUUAAGCGGGUUUUUGAUAUUUAUUCCAGAUGCUUCGAAGGGGGUGCUGGGUAGAACACGGUGAUUGCAUGCUGUUUUGUGUUUAUGCCUGAAGGAUGAGUGGUUGGCUUGCUAUGCGCCUUGCGGGUGUGGCAUUUAAUUUAUCAGGAUCCGAUUCGAGGAACAAGGAGACUUUUCAGAGAGGAGGGGUUGCUGCUCGAUACGAUGAAGAAGAAAAACGGAAAAACGGCAGAAGACGAAAACUUAACAGUGGAUAUGAACUGUUGGUAUAAUCAGGGGGCAGAGAGAGAGAGAGAGAGAGAGAGAGAGAGAGAGAGAGAGAGAGGAUUAUCUAGAAGUCUUCAUCCAGGUUUGGUUUUGAUCUCUAAAGCAUGAGGAAUGUUUUUGGUGCAUUCGUGUUCGGCGUGUGAUUAAAAUUAUAAAUGGCUGUGAAUGGUUGUAAUGUCUGCGACCUGCAAUAAUUAUUUUGGAGCUGUAAAUGUCUAAAAGGCCAUUAUUGAAAAGGGAAAAAUAAUUUGUUACAGAA